AUGUUUUGAUCUAGCCGGCUUCCGAUCACCUACGAAACAAAUUAGUUUUUGCCGAAAAACAUGAACCUAAAUGAUAUGCCCGAUGAAGUUUUAUGCCAGAUUUUCGAUAAGCUCGAUGUCUACGAGCUUAAGCUGGCGUCGCUCGUGUGCCGUCGGUGGGCGGAACUUACUUUUGCUGGCCAAAGGAUGGACCGUGUGUGGUUCAUGCUUCCUGAUGCAGAUUGGGAACCUUUGCUCAACAUCAAAAGGCCCUAUCGCAAUAUUAAUCACGACGGCCGUUUACUUACCGAAGUGCCGUUUGAACGCUUAUCACGGUUACUGCAAAUUCUGAAGCUUCCUGUUCGAAUGUUGCAAAUUGAUUAUGGAUUAACUUUCGAGGAAUUACGAUUGAUUCUUCUGGAAGUUCCUGAGCUACAACAUUUAUCCAUUAAAAGUUACAUUGACUCCAAUGGCAAAACGAAUGGACCAUUCCCGGUUUUAACGAAGCUAAAAUGCCUCGAGCUGUACCGAUUAGAAAACAAUGAAUUUGAUUUCUUCGCAAUGAAUAUCUUAAAUUUGCACAGCCUUUACAUGAGCUGCGACACAGACAGUGAGUUGGAAGCAUGGAAACACCUUAGUGGACAGUUGCAACUUGUGAAUAUAAAUCAGUCAAAAGCAACCCAUUUCUCUCAUUUUCUCGAGUUAACGUUCCCACAUCUAGAGGAUUUUACCAUAGAAAAACUUAUUUGUGAGACGACUGAAGAGGAAAAUAUAGUUUCAAGCAGAGGUAAUGAUUUUUUUCGAAGACACUCCUUGCUUCGAAGACUCUCCGUCUCUGUGACUUUUCUAGUAGAAUGGAUUCGAAGUAUUACUAUUCAUUGUCCUAACCUGACGUAUCUAGACCUUCUUCUCAAAGAUCCGGAAGAAGGUAUUUUAGAAUCGCUGGUGCACUGCCCUUUGCUUAAGCAUCUUAAAUUAGACGGAAAACUGGAUACAAAACUGUUUCGUGGAACCAUCAAAUCACUCGAGUCAGUUAAAUUAAGAAUGCAUCCUAGUCGCGUUUUUCUCGAGAACCUUUUCGAAACUGCGCCACAAUUAUACUAUCUGGAAAUCAAUCCCAUAUGUUACGAGUACCUUCAAGUAUUGGAUUGUAAAUUCAUCUGCGAGAAGUUUUCCUGUCUCCGACGGUUAGAACUAGACCUGACUUAUGGGACACCAGCCGACAAUUCUGGGCUUGUUAGAAUUGACAGAUUGGUACAUUUAGAGAAACUUAAAUUAUGGGCGCUUAACAACAUUCAUUGCAUUCAUCAGAACAACGUCCGGUGUUUGACAAUAUCUCAUUUUGUAAGUUUGUAG